UGGCGGAUCAACUUUUUUUUUUUUUGUUUUUUUUUCAUAUCAUAUCAACCAACAGUGAACGAAAUUUUUUAAUAAAUAAUACCGAAUGAAUUAUUGUGUACCGAGAAUAAAAACGAAUGAAACACAAAUAGGUACAGCGCAUGAUCAAAUUUUUUGCAGUUCGUAAUGCUCUCAUACCCACGCGAAGAGUCUAAAAAAUUUCGCGUUAUUAUUACUCUUUUUUUUAGUGAGUUUUAAAUACGCGCGCAUGUUUUAAUGUUUCAUAUGUAAUUAUUAUUUUGAGUGUUGUAAAAAGGAGCUAGAUAAUUUAAUAUACCUACUAUCUUAAGAUAGGAAAGAAGCCUAUUUAUUCAAAUUUUACGCGACGAUGGAUCAAGCUUAUCCAAUCCCGAUUGUAACAUCGAAUGCACAGCAUAAGUUUGAAUUGAACGUGAAAGCUUUGGAAGAUGCUUUACUAAGGGAUGACAUUAAAAACUGUAAUGCUGUGGUGGUGUCGGUAGCUGGAAGCUUUCGUAAAGGCAAAUCUUUCCUUUUGGAUUUCUUCCUAAGGUAUAUGAAUCAUGUGUGCAAGUCUAGCCAGCCCAUGAAGGGCAGUUGGUUGGAAGAUGUGAAUCGUCCUUUGGAGGGAUUUUCUUGGCGAGGAGGAUCGGAGCGCACAACUACUGGUAUUCUAAUGUGGUCCGAAAUAUUCUGUCUUACUUUACCGAAUAAUGAAAGAGUGGCAGUAAUUUUUCUUGAUACCCAAGGAACUUUUGAUGGUAGAAGCACAAUCCACGAUUGCGCAACUGUUUUCGCUUUGAGUACCAUGUUGAGCUCGAUCCAAGUUUAUAAUCUGUUUCAUAAUAUUCAAGAAGACGAUUUGCAGCAUUUAGAGUUGUUCACCAAGUAUGGAUGCCUUGCUAUGGAAGAAACUGGGCAUAAACCAUUUCAGAAAUUACAAUUCCUUAUCAGAGACUGGAGUUACCCAUAUGAGGCGAAUUAUGGAUCGGAAGGAGGACGCAAAAUUUUAGACAAAAUGUUGGAGGUUGCAGAUGUAAUGCACUCAGAGCUUCAAUCAUUGAGGAAACACAUUCGAUCAUGUUUCGAUGAUAUUCAAUGCUUCUUGAUGCCUCACCCUGGUUUCAAAGUUACAACAAAUCCCAAUUUCGACGGGCGAUUAUCUGAUAUGGAAGAUUCAUUCAAGACUUGUUUAGAACAAUUUGUUCCAAUGCUGCUUUCGAAGGAAAACAUGGUUCAAAAAGAAAUUGGCGGUGAAAAAGUCAAAGUUAAGGAUUUGGUGCGAUAUUUCAAAUGCUACAUGGAGGUGUUCAGCGGAGAUGGUAUUCCUCAACCAAAAUCUAUUCUCGCAGCGACUGCUAUAGCAGGUAAUCAAUCUGCUGCUGCAGCAGCGAAGGAAGCUUAUCAUCAGCUCAUCAUGGCAGCCUGUGAAGCUGCUGAUCCGUACCUCAGUUGCGAAGAAAUCGAGGCAGAGCAUCGAAAAUGUAAAGCAAAAGCUAUAGAAAAAUUUACAAGCCAACGUAAAAUUGGUGGAGAUGAAUUUUUCGAACAAUAUAGAAUUCGAUUGGAACAGGAAACGGACAGGGAUUAUAACACAUAUAAAUCUCUUAACAGAAAUAAAAUGGAAGUGAAACUACAAUCUGCAUUUACAGAGGCCAAAGAUGCCUACUGUCGGCUUAUGAUGCAGAUUUUUGCGGGCCCUAAACCAUACAUAAACUCCGAAGAACUCCUAAUGGAGCAUGCGAGGUGUAAAAAUGAAGUCCUAGAAAUGUUUGGAAAAAAUUGUAGAGUUGAUGGAAGCGAUAUUUUCAUGUCGUACCGAAUCAGGCUGGAAGAGGAUAUCGAUAAUGUAUACGAACAAUUUAAAACUUCCAACCAAAAUAUAGUCACAAUCGGUAAUCAACUGGCAUUCGCCAAUGCUAAAGAAUUUUAUCGCCGACAGAUGCUCACAAAUAUGUCAAAUAAUGAGAAUAAUAAACCAUACCUAACCAACAAAGAAUUGGAAGCGGCGCACGUUGAACAUAAAGAUCAAGUUGUGAAACAGUUUUGCGAAGAAUAUGGAAAAGAAUUCACCGAAGUAUACAGAUCAUUAUUGGAACAAGAUAUUGAUAUGGAUUAUUCCCAUUUCAAAAUUUCCAACAAAGAUAAAGCAGAAUCCUGCAAUCAAUCGGCAUUGAAAAAAGCCAAAGAAACUUAUCACCGACUUAUGACGACAGUUCUUCAAGAAUGCACUAAUGGGAGUAAGCCGUAUGUAGCAUGGGAUCGGCUUGAACAUGAACAUUUGAAGAUUAAGAAAUAUGCGUCGGAACAGUUUAGAAGAGAGAUCAACAUGGAUGGAGACGAUUUGUACGAAUCGUACAAAAAUAAAUUGAUACUGGAUAUUGACGAUGUUUACACCCAGGUGAAAAAUUCCAACCAUAAUUCGUUCCAGUCGUACACUUCUGAAAAGUUGUUACGUAAAAAGAGAGCAAAAGAACAAAGGGAAGUUUGUGGCUGCGUAUGUACUUCUGUAAUAAUUUUAGUGCUCCUCAUGUUGAAAGCAGCAGUACCACAUUAGUUGUCAAACAGCUUCAAAGAUUAUUGCUGCAUUGCACUGGCCCUUGUACCUGCUUGUAUCAUGAAGAAUCGUUUCUUCAAAGAUUAAUUUUAAAAUUAGAAGGAAUAAGAAACUGUUAUUGUUUGAUAGAAUGCUGAAAAUUUACUUACACAUACAAUUACUUUUGAGUUAUAGCUUUAAGAUGUGUAAAAAUUGUGUACAUACUUCUUAUCGCAUUUAAAAUCAUUUUUCUUAAUUAUUUCUCACCAAAAUGUUCACAAAAGCGAUUGUGAUUAAUCGCUAGCAUAUACCUAUGUAUAACCUCUGCAAUACAUACAAUUUUUAAAAUCAAUCGAAAUCCAAAAAAAUGAAA